AGGCGCGCGCCCCCGUCGCCUCCGGUUCUGAUCUCUUCGCUCACAGAUCUCAAAGAGAGAGGCGUUUCUCGGAGAGGGAGAUUGGGCUGCUGCGCCCAUCGCCCUGGUCUGGGGGUGCUCCGGAUGUCCCCUGAUUCUGGGCUGGAGCGCGUGAGGUGCAUCGGGGCAGGAUAAUAAGGAGCCGGGGUCACUUCAGGGGCAGGGGCCCCUUUUGUGUAGGGACGGGAGAGGCAGGAAAGAGAAGCGUACGUGACCAGGAGAGUGGCUGCAGCGUCCGGCAGAAGUUUUUGGUGACAGGCGGACAAAAUCUACACACACACACGGAGACAUAAGCACUCAUACCGCCAUUGAAACACACACACACACACACACACACACACACACACACACACACCCUUUUAAAUGAGCCGGCUCUAUUUAAAAAUGGUUGCACUAAUCUUACUUGUUUUUGUAAGUCGCCUAAAGUUUUAAUAGAAGCUGCACCAUGCUUUGCAAAAAUAUCACAGUGCAUCCACGCAAGGCUAAGGUGCAGCCUAAGAGACCUAGGAACAUCGGGAGCUGCCUUCUACCGAGUCAGACCACAGACCCCUCUAGUUCAGAGUUGUCCACGAUGACUGACAGCGGCUCAGCAGGGUUUCAGACGGGUCCCUUCCCAGGCCGACCCGGGGGUGCCAUUGGGUCCCGAACUGGCGACUUUCUGCAUGCAAAAUAGAUGUUCUACCACCACUGAGCUGCAUCCCUUCCCAAACUGAAAAGUUGGAGAGGGAGACAUCAGGGUCAGGGAAGCAAAAUAAAAGAGACAAUCCUAUAUGCAAAUCUCAUCGAACCAUGCAGACUUACUCUGCUUCUGCAUAAGAGUGAGCUGUAAGGCAACUUCCUCCCGAAGUUCUGAUGAAAUAUUAGAGAACUGUUCAGAACAGAGAUAUAGCCUUCUGGAUCUUAUGGGACUCCAUUUCCCAUCAGCCUCAGCCAGCAUGACCAGUGGAAAUGGACAACAACAUCUGGAGGGCAACAGUUUACUCGCUUCUGGUUUCAAAGAGGAGAAUAUCAAGAAAUCGCAAAGUCAUGCUCUGCUAAGGAAGCAGCCUUUUAAAAUAUUAUAUGAUUCUCAUGCCCUGCUGCAGGGGUGGGUUACCCCUAUCAAGGGCCACAUUCCCUCAGAAGUAAUCUGUCAGGGGCCACAUGUCCGUGGUGGAUGGAGGAAGAGCUGUUGUACUCUUUAAGUACAAUGCAUACUGAUGCGCAAUAAUAAUGAACAGUGUGCUUCAAUGAGUACCCAAUUCUACCCCUUCCAGGUUUCUUAGCCAGUUCACAGCUGCUUCUGUCUAAACUAAAGCAGUGAAUUCUGGGAAAUGUAGUUUGUGAAGAGUGCUGAGAGUUGUUAUUCCCUCAAAGAAUUCUGGGCACUGUCGUUUGUUAAGGCUUGCUGGGAACUGUGACUCUUUCAGGGGUGAACUACAGUGUCCAGAACUAUUGGAAGGAAAUUAUUUGUGUUUUGAGUGUGCUUAAAGGUAUGGUGUGUGGUUUUUUAAAAAACGAAUGGUGUGGAUGUGAUCGUAGUUACCAAGACCAUUCACUCUUCCACUCUCCCCCAAAUUCUGAUGGAAUAUUAAUUAGUGGAUGGGCUGGUGGUGGUAUGUUUUGAGCCCUACUUGGGGGUUCACUUCUGUUUCCCAGAGAUACUGAACAGCAACAAACAGUCAGAGUGGACAAGACUGGGCUAUAUGGACAAAUUGUUCAACUUGGUAUAAGGCAGCUUCCUAUGUUACUUCGUAUACCAGGGAUGGAGAUGCUCCAGAUGUUCUUGGACUUUGGCUCCUAUUAGCCACAGCCAACAUAGCCAGUGGUCAGGGAUGAUGGGUAUUGUAGUCCAGCAAUGUCAGGCUGGGAGUACUUGCUCCUGCCCUUGAAUAUGGAGUAGAGAGCAUGGCAAGUGCUAUGAUAAUAGCUGCUGCUGUUUUUCAACUUUCUUGCUGUUAUGAAGUCAAACUGUCAUGACAGGGAAUGCUUUGUUUGCAGUCAUGAGGGAGGGCAUACGGUAUAUGGCUUGGGCUUCCUCAUAUCUGGUCUAUACAGAUCAAAAUCCCGAAUAGAGCUACUUAAAUCAUGUGACUUGGAGAAGUGUCUUCUGUACUCAGUUUUUGGGGAACUCAGUUUUGUUUGUGGGAACUGGCAUAAUCCUAACAUUUCAAGGGAUGUUAGGGUUGUGCCUGUAUCUGCUGGUCAGGUAUGGUAGAUGGUGGUGAUUCAGAGCUGCACUUCCUUAACCGUUUCUGGGCUCAGUCACAGACUCUGGAUAUGUUUAUGCAGUCGAUUACGAAAAGCUUUGACCAAAUUAACUUUUUUAUUUGAAGAAAUAGAAAUAUUUUCAUGCUUCAGUUUCCCAGUGAGUUGAAAGUGGAAAUAAUAAACAUCCCUGUCUUCCUUGCCAUUUGUUCCACAUGACAAGUGAUAAUGAAAUGGCCAUGGGGAAAGGGCUGUAGCUCAGCGGUAGAGCAUCUGCUUUGCAUGCAGAAAGUCCCUGGUUUGAUCCCCAGGCAGGGCUAGGAAAGAUCUGAACCCUUGUUGAGCUGCUGACUGUCAGUGCACGCAAUAGUAGGUAGACCAAUGGUAUGAUUCAGUAUAAGGCAGCUUCUUAUGUUCCUAGCAUUAAGAUUAAAAUUAAAUUGACUGUUCUCCUUUGUGGUGGUGAUGAUGACCGAGCCGUCUAACAGGGGUGCUAAUUCUUUCUUCUAUAAGUGCGGCUCUGCAGCAAAUUGUUGUGGCAUGGGGUCCUCCUGUUUGGGAUGAUGGCCAGCCUUCCGGCCACGCCCUGUCUUCAGAUGCUCCAUUCACCUCCCUCCUUCUUCCAUUUCCUCCCCUAACAGCCUGCCAGAAUUCCACGCACUCUUAAGAAUGCUCCGUCUUCAUUUGGGGGUUUUCCUGCCUGCAUUUUUGGGGUGGGGUACUUCUGCAAACGUUUGGGUUCCCUAAGCCCAUUGGUGCCAUUUUGGCUAUAAAAUGAACCAUAUGCAGAGAAUGACUUCGCUAUUGCUAUGUAGGAUUAAUUACUCUUUUCUGUUCCAAAAACAAAUAUGCUACCGUAGUUGUGUGUGGUGCCGCUUGUGGCAUUGUGUGUCCAUAAGGCGUGUUGCAUUUGAAAGCCUAUUUAAACCACUCCUUUCCUUGCUGUCACAAUUUUUCCUAGAAUAGAACCCCCACAAUGACACCUGUAGCAUACAUUUUAAAUGCUUGCAAUAUACAACGCUGCCUGUUAGGUGCAGGGGAUGUCUUUUCAUUACUGGUGAAGAUAGCAUAGUAAGCCCCUUGAAAUAGCAGCAGCAAAACCUUUCAGCAAACCUUUUUAUCAUUCUGGAUAAAAUGUCACUUGACUAACUUUUUGGGGGGGUCCCUAUGUGGAAAAUUGUGCAUGAUCCCUCCCUCCCCUUUAUACAAAAUGACUGCUGCAGAAUUACAUUUGGGUGUGACUUGAUGGUUCAGCUUGUGCUUCCUCCCUCCCUUCAAAGGCCUAAUUCUUAGAGAGAAAUACAAAGUAAGUUUGUGACUGGGCUGCACCACCUGAAACUGCAGAUGGGCACUCAGGUGAUGGAAGGCACCCUCAUCUCUUCCAUGGAGAUAAGGAACUAGGCACCAGGGAUGAGGGUUAUGUCCUAGCUUCCAUCAUGAUAUGCUGGUUUUCUGCAAGUAAGGAAUGCGAGCGCUUGGAGGAGUUUUCAGUUGCGUGAGCCUCCCCCUGCCCCGCAGUCUUAAGUGGGGCAGCCCCAUUGGCAGGUUAGCUGUCUCUUUUGCUCUUUGAUUUAAUUGCCACCCUCCUUGAUGCUUGCCACUUUUUUCUUUUUUUAAAAAGAGUGACCCCAUGCAAUCUGGCAUUCACAUAUUCACAUUCGCUGCUGAAACAAUAACAGUGUGCUUAUCUUUAAAAAGUGCUUUAGAAUGUUCAAGUUUCUUAACAAGAUUGAUCUGAAUCCAUCUAGCCCAGGAUCUUCGUUUCCAGCAGUGGCUAGCUGGGUGCUCCUGGGAAGCUUACAAGCAGGACCUGAAGCUGUUUCUCUCUCCUUCAGUAGCUGGUUCGCAGAAUGACAAGCAGCCACAGAAUAUUGCAAUGCCUAGCGCUCCUGUUCACAGUUCCAAGUCAGCAAAUCAUGCCCUUCUGCACAAUACUCCAUUCCAUUUUCUUAGCCAUCCAGUUUUCCAUUUCCCUGACUCUACAGAGCUCCCAGAAAACUGGACCGACACCAGAGAAACCUUAUUGGAGGGUAUGCUCUUCAACCUGAAGUACCUGGGCAUGACCCUCGUCGAGCAACCCAAAGGUGAAGAGCUAUCCGCUGCUGCUGUCAAAAGAAUUGUGGCCACGGCAAAAGCAAGUGGCAGAAAGCUCCGGAAAGUAACCCUAAAAGUGUCUCCCAGAGGGAUAAUCCUCAAUGACAGUAUAACAAACGAGGCAAUCGAAAACAUCUCAAUAUACAGGAUAUCCUACUGCACGGCAGACAAAGUACACGACAAGGUGUUUGCCUAUAUUGCACAGAGCCAGCACAAUGAGAACCUGGAGUGCCAUGCCUUCCUCUGCACCAAACGGAAAAUGGCUCAAGCCGUCACCCUCACAGUUGCUCAGGCGUUCAAAGUAGCAUUUGAAUUUUGGCAGGCGUCCAAGGAAGAAAAGCGGGAAAAGGCCAUCUCAGAAGGAGAAAGCACCAGCAGUCCAAGUUUGGAUAGUUCUGCCUCAUCGAAAGGAUCGGUCACCACAGGGAACCUGCUAGACCUGGAGAAUGUUGCUAAAACUCCCUUGACUGUCAAUGCAAACUCCACGCAGUCAGACGGAAGCAUCUUCAGGCCACAUUCAUCAGAAAACAACAAUGUCAUGUGGGCAAUGGACGACGGACUGGAUGAAGCUUUUUCAAGACUGGCACAAUCUCGAACUAACCCCCAAGACCUCGACAUUGGCUUGACCGCACAAGAUAUCCAAAGCGCCGAAAUCCUCUCACCUGUUGACUGGGACAAAGCAGAUUCCUCUACAGUGGCGGGGAAAGAUGACAACCUCUUUGGGUUCUGACGUCUUCUCUCUCUCUUUCCUUUUCUCCUGACCAGCUUUUCAAGUUACGUAACCACUGAGAACUUGAUGCACUGCAUUCUGGGUGACUUUUUUUAACCGGGGGGUUUUUCCUUAAGAAUUGGUGGGCGAGGCAAACAUCUGAUCCAGAUAGGUGCUGUAAUGUCACCAUACAACUCUUUAGACCAAAGCUUUAGAUACUUUAAUAAUCUUUUUAUAUAUAUAAAUAAAUAUAUAUAUAUAAAUAUAUAUUUCUUUUUUAAAAAAAACCUCUGCUUUUUAUGUAAAUGGUGAGAUACUCCUGAGCAUAUUUAUUCAAGAACCCCUUCAGUUUACAUAUAUUAUGGAAAUUAAGUAGCAUCGUCUAACUUCAUUACAGUAUUAGACUGCUUUUCCCAUUGGAAUACUCGGGGUAAACUCUGAUAGCAUCGGCUGUGUCUUGUGAGGUGGGUGUCGGCGGUGCAACAUCAAAGUGAUCUGAGUUACUUUUUCUAGAAGAGAAGCAGCCCGACAAGGAAGGAGGUUGCUCUGGGGUAGAUACAGCGAGGUGGAGUUGGCUUUCUGCCUGGUUCAAGCAGGGAAGUUUACUGUGGGUUACGUGAUGCUGCAUUAUGUUAGGUGGGGAGAUGGCAGGCUGUGACCCUCUAGCCUGUUUGGCGGGGGUAACAAACUCCAUACAUACAGAAAGCUAGUGUUGGGAAGAAGACUUCUCAUUUUGCCUUUUUCCUGACUUACUUGUUUUCAAUGUGCAGGGAAGCGGUUUGGAGAGUGGGUGUUAAAACACGCGCCCACCACUUUCCGUUCUUGGAAAGUUGAUCACUGCCAAUGCCUUUUAAAAAUAAUAAUACUUUAUUGCUUAUUUUAUUGAUUGUAAACUGCUUUGGAGCCCUGUUGUUAAGCAGGAAAGAAAGCAGGCUGUACAUUUUUUAAUCAGCCUUGUAUUUAACCACUUGCCUAAUCGCCACAGGCAAAAAUGAAUUCCGUGGAGGCGAAUCACGGAAGCCAGCUGAGCUACCAGAGGCGGGAUGCAGUAUCUGUACCUUAUCCACUGGAAAAUUCAUUAGGCUACUCACUUUUCUGUCCUUAUGUACAAGGUUGUUUUAAAAUCUGAUGUGGCUCCCCAAGCACAUUUUUUCUUUCCCCUUCCUCAUCCCAAACACCAUUGAUUUUGGCAAGAAGAAAAAAAUAAAGUAGACCGCUCAGCCCAGUGCCCUGAGGGGGAUGCAAAUCAUCCUGUCCACAUCAAUCAGUGUUUUGAUGAGCUAGGAUGGGUGAUAACCCAUUCCUUCACCUGAUCUGUAUGGAUCAGCUCAAACAGGAGUGAAUGCCUGUUUGCAUGUGUGAGAGCUAGUGUGUACCGGUAUGUGUGUGACAGACAGACAGACAGACAGACAGACGACAGACAGAGAUGCAUCCACACCAACUUUUGCCCAUGCUCACUGCUGGUAUGUGGCCCCCAGAGGGUCACCAGGGAUGAAUGUGGCACUUGGGCCAAUAAAGGUUAUCAUACAUGCAUACAUACAUACCUGGAACAGUUUUUUUUUGGCCACAUCCACACUACACAUUUAAAGUGCUUCCCCCAAAGAAUGCUGGGAAUUGUAGUUCUGUGAGGGGUAGACUUCAAGUCCCAUGACCAUUGAAGUGCUAUAAAUGUUUAAAUGUUUGUUAAAUGUAUGGUGUGGAGCUGGCCUUCGCAUGCACCCUCCCCAACAAGUGGGAAAGGUUGUGAGGGAAGGAAGAUUCACAGGUGGUUGGAAAAGAGAAGUUGUAACUGGUGAGAUUCUUUGGAAAAGGCCUUGUGUGUAGAGCAGAAUUGUGUGCCUAUGAAGUCUUGACGAUGCAUCAUUGUAUUGAUCCUUUGUGGUGAUGAACUGCACCAUGGCUGAACAAUACUUUGAAUCCGAUGUGCAUUUUUUACCCUUUCCAAAGGGCAGGCUAUAAGUGCACUCUUUUUCUCCCUCAAAUAGGUCUUAGCAAAGAGAGAGAGAAAAUAAGGACCAAUGUUUGCUUAUCUUUUUGGUGGCUCCAUCAGAAGCAGGGUCUGUCUGGUUGCAUUCUUCCUGAGCUCUUACUGGAAACAGGGAAAUUGUGUUAGCCGUUAAAAUGAGAAAGAUCAAGAACCGCCUCUUUGAAUUACCAGUGGGCAGUAAUGGGUUCUUUCGUUCGUUCUUCAGCCAGCUUCAGAAGAGAGUAGGCAUACUUUCUCUUAAGACAUAUAGCUUUGCACUUAAAAAAAAAAAACUUGAACCAAAAUUAUGGUUUCAAAUGUCAGAACAGGUUUGUAUGGCUCUGUAACCUUUUUCUCUUUUGCCUUUUGAAAGCACUUCAUCCAAAAACAUACAGCAGCUGUUGGAUAUUCUUCCUAAAACUGACCUUUACUCUUUUGCAGCAGCAAAAUGUGACUCAUCCAUCACAUUGAUGGAGAUGCUGAGCAGUUUCACUUAGUUUUCUCUGUAUAGUUGCCAUCUAGGAAGAACUCAAAUGCUGAGGUUUGGCUAGUUGACUAGACAACAGUGGUCCUUAUAUUUAUUCUUAAAUAUCUUUUGUUACUAUUUGGUAAGUUCCACCAUGGUCCCCCCCUAGGCACCCCUCUCAGCCAUUUAAGCUGCUAAAUCGAAGGCCGCCAAAUUGGAUUAAAGGAAAACAAUAAUUCCUUUCGGCUUUCUAUUUUUUAAAAAAUAAAUGUUAAAUGGAUGUUUGUAAGUGCAUUUGUGUCAUGCAUCUUUUCUUCUUCCCACCUGCAUCUCUGACAGAAGCUUAGAAAAUAAAUUCUCAGUCUAAUUUCUCAUUUCAUAAGACUCUGGAUUUAGAAAACUAAAUAAUGGGAGACUCGGGAUUACAGUCAUUAAGAGAUUAUGUUUAACAAUGAUCCUGAAUAGCUGCACUGUGGCACAGUUUGCCGUGUUUGUGGCCUUGUUGGAAAUAUACUAAUCUGUUUUAUAGAUUUGUAAUUGGCUUCUGAAAUACUAAUUUCACUUUUCCCAAAGAAUCCUUUUUUAUAUAUAACUCUACUAAUGCUACAGCUGGUAAAACUUUAAUGAGGCUGACUAUUCAGAAGACAGCAGAUAGAUUAACCUCCGAAACCAGAUAGUUUGGAAACUUGGCUCUUAUAAACUGUGUACUAAGUUGACCCUGGGAGGGAAAGGUGUUUAAUGAAACUUACUUCAUCUCUCCAAAAAGGCAUCUCUUCUCAGCAUGUCCUGCCUUGUAGCACAAGGUACAAAACUCAUCUAUUUGGGUUGACAAUGCAAGGUCAGUUGAAGAUCUCUGCUGAAAAUAUAUAUAUCUAUAUAGAUGGUAUCCUCAUCUGUACAAAACUAACUAGAAUUGAACAGAAACUUGUCUUAUACAUGGAGCGGAAUAAGGUGGUAGAAUAGAAUGUUUCACUUCAGGGGACAAGUGAGGGUUCAAAUUUGGAAUGCUGUCCAUAUUAAAGCAAAACAAAAAACCCUGAAGGUAAAUAUCUAGCACAUCAGGGAGAGGGGUUGUAGCUCCACUCACUCCUUGUUUCUAGUCACAUGGAGUCUUUCAUGAAGAAUAGGAUUGGGGUGCAGGUGUCCUUCCUGAUAUUGCUGGACUACAACUGCCAUCAUGCCUGACCAUUAGACAUGCUGGCUAGGACUGAUGAGAGUUGAUAGUUCAACAUCUGGAGGGCCAGAUAGUCCCCAUCCCUAGUGCAGAGGAGAAUUCACAAAGGUGAUCCCUCCCAACACCCACCAUCUAAUGUGAACCCACUCUGUUUUAUCACCUCAUAUCUCUACCACCUCAUUCCCUUGUCUAUGUCGCCCUGGCUUCAUAUACAGGAGUUUGCUGCAGUUGUUGCUAUAGCAAAGGUCUUGAAAGAAUGGUCUAAGAAGUUUCAUUUUUAUGAGAACAUACAUAUUUUGGAAAUCUCUAGAAAAAAGUGUAUGUAACAUGCACAAUAUAAUGCCUCUGUGUAUAUAGUUAAACAUAUGCUGUAAAAAGUACAUUUGCUGUUGAGAAAAUAAAAAAUCUACCUUUUUUCCAGUA